AUGAUCUUGCGAAAGGGUUGUGUUAUUCUGUUAGUGUUGAGUUUUUAUUAUGUUGACGCGAAGCUAGCUCCUGAUUUCAUCCACCCGUGUAAUCAAACAACGAGGGAAUGUCUUGUCAAAUCGACUCAAGACGCAAUACCAGAGUUUGUGAAAGGUUUGCCGCAUCUUGGCGUGCCUUCACUGGAUCCAUUCGUAAUAGAAAAGCUAUCGAUACCUCUUAGUGGUCUCAAAGUUACGUUCUAUCAAGGUAAAGUGACCGGCUUUAGGAAGUGCAUCGUCGACGACGUGAUUUCUGAAUUAGAAAAGCGACACUUCGUUUUGCAGUUCCACUGCAAUUUAACGAUAAAAGGACAGUAUGACGCAGUUGGGAAGAUAUUGCUAUUUCCCAUAAAUGGAGAGGGCGACGCUAAAGUCAAACUAACAAACUUACGAAUGAAAGUGGACAUCAAUACGAAAUACACAAAAGAUGAGCAAGGAAGAAAUCACUUCGGGCUGAAGAAUUACAAAUACACAUUCGAUUACGGCGACAGAGUCACAUUUGAUCUUCAGAAUUUGUUCAAAGAAAGCAAGGAAUUAAGUGCAACAGUACUAAGUUUCCUGAAUGAAAAUUGGAAAACAGUAGCCGAAGAAUUUGGAAAGCCGAUCGUUGAUUAUUCAGUUGAUUUAGCUAUAAGAACUAUUGAGAAAUUCUUUGUCGAAGUUCCUUACGAGGAACUCAUUAAUGUGCCAAUACCUCAAAAUUAA